CGCGACGCCCUGUUUUGUGUUUGGCUCGGCGCCUCCUUUCGAGACUAGCCUCCCUUGCCCGAUACUACUCCCCUUCUUCUGUCGACGCAUGGAGAGCAUCUUGUAACCACACUCUUGCACGCCAGGCCAGCUCGUUGGAGCGGCCCGCCAUAUUCAGCCCCCCAUGGACCCCCGAGACCAGACGUUCAUGACCAUCCACAACCUCACCCCCGAUGCCAACAUCCUCUUCGCCUCCGACUCGAUUCUCGACAUUCUGGGCUACCAGCCUGAUGAGGUCCGGGGCAAGUCCGCCUUUGAGUAUUUCCAUCCCGAGGAGGUCCCGUUUGCUCGUUCUGUUCACAGCCGAGGCGUGCUGCUAGAUAAGGCGGCCGUCUUGCACUAUGCCCGCAUCGUUGCGAAGAAUGGGCAGUGGAUGAGCUGCGAGUGUUGCUUUACGGUUGUUCACAAUGUCUUGGUCGCCUCGACAAGUAUAUACUUCAGGGGGGAAAGGAGCGAGAGGAGAGCGAGGGAUGCACCACAAAUCAGGCGGAUAUUUUCUAGCUCCCCGCGAGACCCCCGAUACCACAUGCUCGAGCAUCUGUCGCCUAAAUUCAAAAUGCCCCCGAUGGAGCGGGAACCGCGGGCUGCCCUAAUCCUCAACCGCUUUACGAGAAACUUAACCAUCAUGUACGCAACAGACGCCGUCGCCCAAAUUCUGGGGAUACGCUCCGAUGAGCUUCUCGAGAAGCCGUUCUACGAAUGUAUCCAGCCGAAUUGUCUCGACGAGGCUGAAAGAUGCUUGGAGAGCGCUAAGGCAAACGAGUCGAUUGCCUACCUCCGCUUCUGGUACAAGGACCCGCGGAUCGACCCUAAUGACCCACUCAACGAGGAGGGAGUUGAUGAAACGGAGGAUGGAGCAGACGACAGGAGUAGCCCCAGCGCGAGUGAAGUUGACGUCAAAGACGAAGGCCUGAGGAAUGGUUGCAUGGACAUUGACGACGGGUCUAAUCUCCGGACUCGGGGUGGGGAAGACGGCGCUGGGAACGAUGCCCGUGGGAGAUCUCAUCGCCAGUCACCUCAGACAUUUGAGCUGGAGGCUGUCGUUUCGUGCACAUCAGAUGGGCUCGUCGUUGUGCUGCGGCGAGCACGGCCGCCCAUCCCCGACCCACAACCGCCGGUGGCACCGGCCGCCUUAAACUUCGAGAACGGCCUCUUCGCAGCCCCGUGGGGACAGCAGCCGAUCGAACCUUAUAUCUCCCCGGACCUACUUUACACAUUUCGCCCCCCACUUCUACCACAAUACAUGCCGUUACGGGAAUGCGUCAAGGCGGCGGGCGGGCCACCUAUUGACCAAUUAAUGCGCUCCAUACGUGACGUGGCCGUCUUUGCGUGGGCCGUAACCGGCAUCAACCCGACGCUCGCAGAAAACUACGGCCAGGGGGGCCGGCCCAGGAUAAACAGCGGCGGCCAAGCGCCCGUUGACGGUCUCCCCACAUGGGAAUCCGGUUCCCGCCGCAGCACCUACCCCUCCUCCGAGGACAUGUCCGCCGACCGAAACGACGCCCCCAAAGAACCCCUCACCACCAACCCCGCCUUCGGCCGCGGCAGCGGCAACGGCCUGUACGCGUCGGAGCCCUCGUCCAUCCACGGCUACCGCACCCGCCACGCCUCGCUCGACGAAAACAUGUAUGACUCCAGCAACAGCCGACAAGCAGGAUGGGCCGCGUCACCGUACCCAUACGGCAGCGGCGGCGGCGGUAGGAGAAGCGGUAGCGGUAGCGGUAGCGCGCGGGGGUAUGAAGGGGCGGCGGCGGGGGGCUAUCACCACCGGCGCCCACCUCUCCGCCCGGCGUUCUCGUACGACGCCCUGCAGGACCACGCGCGGCACCAGCAGCAGGCGUACGCGCCCGCGUCGGCGUCGGAGGCCGCCGCGCGGCGGUGCAAUUUCAGGGAGGAGAUCUGGCAUGCUGCUGCUGCUGCUGGGGAGGCGGCUGCCGCGGGUAGGGGGUGUAUACCUACUGCCUAUGGGGGAGCGGGUGGGCCGCCGUCGAGGGGGGUGGGCGGAAGCGGUGGUGGUGGUGGUGGGGGGCCUGCAGGCGCAGGGGGAGAAUCGUCUAAGACGGCGGGGGCGAGGGCGAGGGAGAGGUACUUUUGGGAGUGAGUUGCGAGUUCAUGGCGCGCCCUCCGUGACUGCUCCCGGGUCUGGCCGUUGGGGGAUGUCAUGAUGGGGGAGUGGGGGGGAUGGAAGGUUCCUGCGCCAGUCGUAGGUGAGAGUUGCAUUUACAUCUUGGGUUUGGGGUCUUUUGGCUGGCAAGGUACUGGGCGGAGCAGGCGGGUCUGAGAAAAAACUUGGUUGGUUGGGGUCAUCUGGAUAUCUACGGAAUACCUUAUUGGAAGUAUCAUUAUUAAUGGCAGAUUCGCUACGAGCCCUGAAGAGGAGAGGGAAGGCAGUCAGCAUGGAGCUCUCCGCCGGUGGCCGAGUAAAACCAAGGAUAUUGUGUGCUGGCAAG